CCACCCCCCCCCCCCAAAAAAAAAUUGGUUUUACUCUCUACAUUCAUUGUAUCACUUCUCAUGGAACGCAACCGCCGGCUUAGUUAUCACCCACACUCUUCCGAUCCUGAGGCACUCGAUCGUUUCAGUACCGAGUUGACUCGAACAACAAACUCGGCCUCCUCCGCCAUCUCUCUGGAUACUUACAGAGAUAUCUCACGUCAAUGCGCGGCUCCGUUUCCCGUAACUCUGCUUAUACUGAUGGAUGAGUUGACAAGAUGGACAGAUAGGCAACACAAUUUAUAUCUCAAUUCUUUAGAGGCCUCAUUUGUGAAUGAAAUGUCGACGCAUUUACAUGGCUGUCAGAGUCUCCAAAAUAACUUGAAUGAAGUAGAUAAAUCUAGAACUUCACAAAAGUCAUGUACUAUGUCUGGACAGUUUAUGGACCUGCAAGAUGGCUUCUGCAAGAAAGUUAUCCAUGAAAGAAACGAACCUAUGUUAGGGAGCACAGGUGAUUCUCAUGUUCUAGCGGGAAUUCCAACGAGAUUCACAUCUGUAGAAAGAGGCUGUGCUAUGAAAGACUUUGCUGUCCAUCACGAUGGCUUGCUUUGUGAUGAGGGUUACAGAAGAGGGAAAUCUAUAUUCUCUGGCAGAUCAUCAACAAGUUCAGCAAAGCAACAUGAUCCAUGCUAUCCUGAAUCAGUUGCCACUGCUGCAGUUUUGGUAGAGUUCACCGAUCAAAACUUCAAGGAUGAAGCUCAAGGGGCUCGUUCGAGAUAAAAGACCCAAUACAGUUCCAGCUGAUGAUACUUCAAGACACGAUCAUGUUGUGCCUGUUGAAGAAUUUUAAUCAAGUAGUAAUAAUUCAUCCCCUUGAAUUGCUAUCAGAACUCCUAGACAGCUUCCAUCUACCAAAAUCUUAUCUGCAUUACUUUCUCAAAAGUAGCUGAGUAGUUGCAACUCAAAAUUGAAGGCUUGAUGCAUAUCACAGCAGAUGCUGAUAGAACCAGAGUGACAAUUCCACUUCACUUGGUGCUCUAAUUUGAGAAAUUCUUUCAUUGUUUUCCCUUGAACUUUUUAUCACCUAAUUGUGCUUCUAAUUGAUCAACAUAGAACAAUUGUAUGGAUAAGCGGAGUUCAAGCUACAUGCUGUUAUCUUUGACUGCCCAUCCUUCUAAGUAGUUCUACAACUCUGGGAUUUUGAAAUUUGGGCCAUUUCAGGUCCUUUGUUUAGCUGUGAGGUUCUUUUGUGUAGGUUGUGGUUGUGGCGUCUUUGUAUUACAUACUGUGCAGAACUAUGGUGCACCAUUUCUGUUGUUGGCCCCGUCUCAGGUUAAGAAGCUUUAAAAUAGUCUCUCUGUAUAUUAUAUAUAAAUUGAAUCAAUUACGACUAGCCUUAUGAAUAUUUAGUGUACUUUAUUUUAUUAACAAAUGUAGUCUUAUUUACCGUUAA